GGGAGGGGAGGGAGGGAUAUUCCCUGUCUGGAAUCGUCGGAAAGUCGCCAAAGAUCGAUUACGCCUUCCGGCUUCGAUCCUCUUAUUGAAUUCUUGGUCUUCUGUCGAUUCGUGGAUUCUUUUCUGCGGUAUUGAUCGAGGUUCUUGUAGAUGGGUUGUUUCGCUCGUUCGGGAGGAUCGAAGAGGAAGGGGCAGCGGCAGAAGCAACCGCAGCAGCUCGCGAAGAAAUCCGACGAUCAGAAGCCGUCUCCAGAGAAUUUGAAGAAAAAUUCAUCGCUAGAGAAGGAAGUUGUUAAGGAUGGAUCUAUUUCCGCUCAGGUAUUCAGCUUUCGUGAAUUGGCAGCAGCAACGAACAACUUCAGAGAGGAUUGUCUCUUGGGUGAGGGAGGUUUCGGUCGAGUAUAUAGGGGUCGUUUAGAGAGCACCAAUCAGGUUGUGGCUAUCAAGCAGCUUGACCGUAAUGGCCUGCAAGGCAAUAGGGAAUUUCUUGUCGAGGUCUUAAUGCUAAGCCUUCUUCAUCACGAGAACCUUGUCAAUCUCAUUGGAUACUGCUCUGAUGGAGACCAGAGGCUGUUGGUUUAUGAAUACAUGCCCUUAGGAUCAUUGGAAGAUCACUUACAUGAUUUGACGUCUGACGGAAAACCAUUGGACUGGAAUACUAGAAUGCAAAUUGCAGCUGGUGCAGCAAAGGGUUUAGAAUAUUUGCAUGUCAAAGCUAAGCCUUCUGUAAUAUAUCGUGACUUGAAAUGCUCCAACAUUCUUCUUGGCGAAGGAUUUCAUCCAAAGUUGUCAGACUUUGGGCUAGCAAAGCUUGGUCCGAUUGGAGAUAAUACCCAUGUUUCCACAAGAGUGAUGGGCACAUAUGGGUAUUGCGCACCUGAGUAUGCAAUGACCGGGCAGCUUACACUGAAGUCUGACAUUUACAGCUUCGGUGUGGUGCUUCUGGAACUUAUCACAGGAAGAAGAGCAAUUGAUUAUUCCCGAGCUGCGGGAGAGCAAAACCUUGUUGCAUGGGCUCGGCCAUUGUUCAAAGACAGAAGGAAAUUCACACAAAUGGCAGAUCCCUUGCUUGAGGGUCUGUUCCCAGUGAGGGGCUUGUAUCAAGCACUUGCUGUUGCUGCAAUGUGUGUCCAAGAACAGGCAACAAUGCGACCUCAAGUAUCAGAUUUGGUCACUGCUCUUACCUACCUUGCGUCCCAAAAGUAUGACCCUGAUACUCAUCCUAUUCAUAGCUUCCGUUUCGCUCCUGGAACUCCACCUCAUUCUAGAAGAGACACCAACAAGAAUCAAAAUGACCCUUCUGAAGUAGACCAGUCUGCUAGAAGCAAGAACGAGUGAUCCUACGACUGAUCCUAGAGGUUCAGAAUUCUUGCUAAGAUAGCACGGUGGAGCGUGUAUGCAACACUGGAUCAUUAUUAUCUCUCUCACAAGUGUACCGAUUUCUCCCUUUGUAUUAUUUGCAAUCAAAUUUUGCCUCACGAUUUGCUGUCAUCUUGACAUGUAAUUACUCAUAUGUAUUUUCAGGAAAUUCAUUGUGUCAAUGUAUAUGUCCGCGUCUAUUCAACCCCUUGUAUCUAUCCUCCAGUUCCUGUUUUGUUGCUCUUAGAGAUGAUCAUACGUUAUAAUGCAGAAUCAGUCAGCGGCUUCGUUUGUUAA